AUGCAAACAGCGGACGUCGCUGCGUCCGCGUUGGUUUUGGGGAUCAUCGUCGUGUCACUGCUGUCCAAUGUUGUGGUGCUGAUCUGCUUUCUGUACAGCCCGGAGAUCCGCAAGCAGGUGCCCGGGCUUUUUAACCUCAACCUGACGUUUUGCAACCUGUUGUUGACGGUGUCCAACAUGCCGCUCACCCUGGCCGGACUCAUCACCGAGAGCCACCCGGGGGGCAGCGGCUUGUGUCAGACGGUGGGUUUCCUCGACACUUUCCUCACGACCAACGCCAUGCUGAGCAUGGCAGCGCUGAGCAUCGACAGAUGGGUGGCGGUUGUGUUUCCGCUGAGCUACCACUCGAGAAUCCGGCACCGGGACGCGGUCAUAGCGCUGGGUUACAUGUGGAUACACUCGCUCUGUUUCUCGGCGGUGGCCACCUGCCUCUCCUGGGUCGGGUACCAUCAACUUUACGCGUCGUGCACGCUGUGCAACGCCCGCGCGAGCGGCGGCGCCGGCACGCAGUUCGCCGUCUUCACGGUGGUUUUGCACUCGCUCACCUUCCUUCUCACCUUGAUCGUGCUGUGCGUGACAUAUCUGAAAGUGCUCAAAGUGGCGAGGUUUCACUGCAGGCGCAUAGACGUCAUUACUAUGCAGACGCUGGUGCUCCUCGUCGACAUUCAUCCCAGUGUGCGUCAGAAAUGCCUUGAUGAACAGAGACGGAGGAGGCAAAGGGCCACUAAGAAGAUCAGCACAUUCAUUGGCACAUUUGUGGUGUGCUUCACCCCAUAUGUCAUCACAAGAAUUGUGGAGCUCUUCACUCCAGGGCCCAUAAGCCCUCACUGGGGUGUCCUGUCCAAAUGUUUGGCCUACAGCAAGGCAGCAAGCGACCCAUUCGUCUAUUCCCUUCUGCGCCACCAGUACAAGAAGACCUGCAGCAAGUUGGCCAACAAGGUUCUGAAGAGGAGCCCGCUCAAUUCCUCCUCUCGUAGGGUGGAGAACAGUGCAGGGAGGUGCGAUACCAACCCCACUACCAACACCAACACCAACACCAACACUACAACUAGCAACCAACCUCCUACCAAUAAGCUACCUGUCCAGUGA